AUGAUUCCAGCUGCCGAUCAGCCUUUCUCCAACGACACCCUCAUCAACCGACCUAACACCUUCAGUGUGAAUAAAUUUGCCUGUUUGGGUAUUCACCUCAUUAACUUAUGUCAUUCGGGUCAGGAAAGACUCGGCUCAAUUGUCCUACCAACUGUAAUUGCUGGAGCUCUACGUGGCAAUCCCGCGUCACCUAAAGUGAUUAAGUUGCGCGGUAAAAAGGAUCUACCUUCGGCCUGUGACUAG